GUAUUUCACGGAAAGAUUCAGGCUGUGGUCGAUUGGUUGCCUGUCCUCCAAAGGUCUUUCACAGCGACUCGCAGAUACUAUCUCUCCGGCCCCGAUAAUGAGACUGCCGCGUCGGGUCCCAUGGGCCUCCGUCACAGAACUUGACCAAGUAUGUUCGUGGAUAUACGCGGAUGAAUUCGACCUGGAUGCAAAACGACUCGCUAUGGAGAGGGUCAGUACUCAUUGCACUUUCCCUAGGUGGACUUAUCUUAGCCAACAGAAACCAGCUCGCGGGAUGGAGAGCAACAACAUCGCUUCCUCAUGCCAUCGAGUCAACGCACGCAAUUUUGUCGGCCAUCCUCCAGGAUUCUGCAGCACAAGGCUCAUCAUCGUAUUUGUCUCUCAGACAAAGCUAUGCGGCAGCAAUAAUACGGCUUGUAAAUGGACUGGUUGACCCACUUCAGCUGGGUGCAUACGCCAGGUCUAUCGGCAGCAUAGCAGCCCAGUUAGGUCUGCCUGCAUGGCUUGUCGAGCUCCGACACGCUGCAACUCACGAGGAUUUGCCUAGUAUCGAGCUCCUUCGACAGGCUGCGCAUGAUAUGAUGGCUUGGUUACUUAACAAUUACUGGCUUCCGACUCUGAAUCCGAGUGCGCCAUCUACUGUGCCAGCACGUCCUUUGCGUCCACUCGAUCCCUUACUAAAGCAAUACAAGGACCUUCUCAAAGCCGUAACCAGGGAUGCAUCCUUGCGUACACAUUACCAACCGGAAAUCAACAAGGUGGUAAGGGAAAUCGAAAGAUGGACCUCUGAAGCCAAAGUUGCGGCCAAUUUGGCUCUUGGUACUUUCGACUGGGAUGUCGGUGAUGAAAGUUUGGAUCUUGACCAAGAAGACGUAAGAGAGAAGUGGGCCCUGGACCGACUGUGCGAUGUGUUGCUGGCAAAAGGCAUAUUGGUGCCGCAAUCCAAAAAAAAACGAGUGACCUCAGCUUCUAUGCUAGACCGUACACCGUCAAACUUACUCAUAUGGAAGCCUCUCCUGGAACACAUUCACUCAUUACACCCCAAUUUCUCCUCUAUCCUUAUUUCGAGGAUAGUCGCCACUCUGUUGACCGAUACAGAUGCCUCAAAAGGAUUCAUUGACAGCGAGGCGAUCAUUAGUUUGCAGGAUGACCGAAAACGUGAUCUCUCGUAUGACCUGUGCCUAGCUAGUUGGGCUUAUUGGCUGACUGAGACCUACGUGACGGAGCACGAGGACACUGCGGCGGAACUCAAAAGGGAGGAUGUUCUCAUUGCGCUCAUUUCUGGGUUAGGGCCGAAUAGAAGGGAAGAUGCCAGUCCCGAUACCGACAAAGCAGCACAACUCCUUCUCAAGGCCCUUUGUGCAGACAAGCCGGAAAUACAGGAAGCUAUAUCUAUACUUCUCACUACAAAACCAACAGGGCAAGGGACCUGGGAUGAAUCCGAUCUGGAUGCGAUGACCGAGCGGCUGGAAAAGCUGAUCUCCUCCGGUGGAUCACGUACACCUCAAUCCCAAGAAAUCGAUAUGGCCGUCGAUGCAUCAGUUGUCUCCGAAUUUCUUCCUGGAACCGAGAAGGGCGGGAUUGAGUUACCCCUUGGUUGGCGAUUGUUGGACGAGACACGGUGGAAGCCUGCGCCAAUUGGCAUAUUUGUUGCCGCUGAAUAAACCGGAAACCGGCCGAUGUAUAUUGUCUUCAAUAGCAAUCUUCACAUCGCAGAAUGCUGAGUCACCGAAUCUCAUUAUGCAACUGUGGACCGUGGUAUCUAGCAAUACGGGUAUGAGUGCGUGUAACCUAACCAAGCAAAAGCAUCAAGCUCCCGGUAUAAUGAUGACUCGAUACAUAAAGCAAACGUAGAAAUACCACUAAGUGUCCUGAACUGUCCCGUCAUAGCUAUCGUAAAAUCUAUCACUAAUUAGUAGUCC